CUUUAUUUUGUAUAAUAAUAUACAGUUUUUGUUUCAGUUAUAUUCAUCAUUUUGUCCAAUAAUGUCCAAUCUAAGAUAAAAAGAAAGAGUGCUUUAUCUGCAAUGUCACGGUUUAAAUGUCACCGAGCGUCAUCAGUCAAGUUAUGAGUGACCGGUUUGCAAUGACAGCGUAAGAAGACAAUUCCGGAGACUUCAAGGAGGCUUGAAAAUUGCUCCAGGGGCAUCGAACGCGCGCCAGCAGAUGUUGAUCGCGCCCGCCACCACCCUCGGGGCUCGAAGGGACCAGCGAGGGACCCCCGGUGUCGCGCAACGACAAGUGUAACGUCAGGCAAGCAAGAGGGACUCAGGGAGAUUCAGGGGGACUCACGACUUGGCGCGAUGCAGCCACGCGAGUGGGCGGCGCGAUAUUCCCUCUUGCGCCUUGUCGUACCCUCGCGCGUUUUUUUAUAAUAUUCCCUCCGUUUGCGCCUCCUUUUCCAAGGAGAGGAGCGAUUUCGAAGGGCUUCUUCGCCGUGGAGGAGGGGAAAAAAUCUUGGUCCUCUUCGGUCCCGAGAGAUUCCUUAGCGGAGGAAAGCGUUGUCUCUCGCGCAGCUGAUAGUCUUCGGCGAGACGUUAGUGCGAAAGCGUCAACCUUCCCCCUUAUCGGUUUCGGAAGAAAUAUUGUUUUGCUCAUUUCGUUCACGUUGUUUCUUCAGAUUAAUUGUUUGUCGCGUGCGUGCGUGCAUCGCAAAGGAGUAUAAAGAGCGGAAAAGACCGACGCGAUAAGCGGGUCCGCGAUCGACGUGUACAUGUUGAUACGUUGAUAUCGAAGUAAGCCGCUUCUCUGACGUUAUUCUCCAAUUUUACUAUCAUCGACCGGAGGAAAGUGAGGCUAUCACAUAAUCGAAGAUAUAUUUCUCUGUCUUUGUGGUCACGAUAGUUUAAUAGAACGCGUGGGAUUAACUCGCUACUAAUGAGAGAAGUCGUAACAUCUUGGAGCGAUUAUUCUGCGUUUUCUUGAUGACGAAAGAAAGACCCAAGAUUUCAUUAUAUUGUGCUCUGUGUCUGACACCUCAUUUUCCUCUGGUGAUUAAAUCGAAUUAAGGGCUAGGAUUGCUAAAAAAAAGUUGAUUUUAUAAAAAUUGAAAGUCAGGAAAGAUGUUAUUUUUAAUUCGCGCAAUUGACCAAAAAUCGAAUAGUCACUCCUUUUAGUCUUGUUUAAAGAUUGAAAGUGUUUUUUAUAACAAUGUUGUAAGUGUGUUGUUAGUUUGAUGACUGCAGUGACUUUUAAAGAUAUGAUAUACAGUAAGUUGUAUGCUGCCGGUCGCAUCGAGCCCGGACCGACGAGCACGAGGGAAGAGAGGAUGCACCUCGAGGAUUAUCACGGCGAGAGAAGCGAGGAGGACGAUCAUCCUCGACGUCCCAUAUCCGGCCUGGACCAGGACGACUUCAUCGACGACAGCUCGCUGCCUGAUAUGGCGUCCUUGGUGACCAUGACCGGUAUAAGCAUCGACGACGCACAGCCUCAUUGCUGGAUCACGCAAAUGGAGAACGGUACCACCCUCUCUUCUCCGUUGGACCCACAGGAGUAUCUCGACUGGGACCAGGUGCCCGUUGUCUUUCAGUAUCCCUCCCAGUAUCCCAACACCGGAAGCGGAUCACCCGGGAGCACCUGCAGCGAAGCGACCACGCCAACCUGGAGCAACGCGCUGACGACGACGGAUCACGGCGAGGAUCAUAAAUCAGAUUGUCAGAAGCUACCGUCGAUGGGCUCGGCCUUCUCCUUCUCGCGCACCUUCUGCAACGCGAUCUACCCGGAAUACGGAACGGAGUCGCAUAGCGGUCAUCAGGAUUAUCAAGAGGACUGCCAGGAGGACGUGGUGUCGUUGCUGAUGAGUAUACAGAACGAUAUCGCCGCUCAAAACUACGGGUCUCCCUCCUCGCAGAUGCCCUCUGUCGCCGAUGAAUUCGAUCUGAGUCUGAUCAGAGGCGAUCCGACGUCUUUGCUUAACGCCAUGGAUUCGCCGUCGUCGUCGUCGUCGUCAGCGACCUGUCUCACGCCCGACGAUCAGCAAGAAUCAUCAUUCCAGAACUUCGAUCCGCCGUAUUACGCGGUCGGCCACCUCGUUUCCUCGCAGCAGCAGCCGUCCGCGUUGUCGACGAUCAAUUUCGCCGGCGGCGCGACAGACAGUUUCGGUAAUCAAGUGAUACUACCAAGGAACGAGGGUCUGCUGUUCGGCAAUCAGCGGGUCGCCGGGUCAAAAGUCACGGAAAACGAGAAGAGUGAUAAGUCGUACGAUUGCGCGAAACCAGCGGAAGGGAACUUGCUCGCGUCGGCUUAUCAAUGUCAUUGGAUCGACUGCGGCUGUGCGUUCGCGGAGCAAGAGGGUUUGGUGCGACAUAUCGAGAGGCGGCACGUGGAAUCGUCCUCGACGAACGCGCACGGUCAUGGCAGACGGAUGCAGCGGAUGGACCGAGAGAAGGAGCGCGAAGGCAAGGAUGCAGGGGAAGGUCUUCCCGCGUCGAAUCGCGAGGACGAAUUCGCCUGUCUUUGGCAAGGCUGUCCGCGCGCGCGACCCUUCAACGCGAGAUACAAGUUGCUCAUUCACAUGAGGGUUCACACGCAGGAGAAGCCGAACAAAUGUCCGUUUGUUGGUUGUAAGAAGGCGUUUAGUCGUCUGGAGAACUUAAAAAUUCAUCAGCGAUCGCAUACAGGCGAGAGACCUUAUGCAUGUCAACACAAUGGUUGCUUGAAGGCAUUUAGCAACAGCAGCGAUCGGGCUAAGCAUCAAAGAACACACUAUGAUAGAAAACCAUAUGCUUGCCAAGUAAGCGGCUGCGGCAAACGUUAUACGGAUCCAUCGAGCCUUAGGAAGCACUUGAAAAAUCAUACAGAGAAUUCUAAUACAUUAUCCAGUUUGUUGUCGGAUAAAGUAUCAACGACAAACAAUGCAAAAGGACAUCCAUUAAAUUCGACGAUUCCUUGCCGACAACGUCAAAGCGCAUCUAUCUUCGAUGAAACGAAUCAUCCAUCAUAUAAGCUGUCUAAAAUUUAUAUUAAAGAUGAAGAUACGAAUAUGUGUCAUCCGAAUAGAAUCUCCAUAAACUUUGAUAGUAACCAGCAAGAAUACGUGCCGAUCGAAUCGAUUCGUCAUCUUCUUAUCAACGAUAUCAACAAUACGCAAAGCGAAAAUACAGGAUACUGCGCGUCCGCGGAGGACGAUAUCCCGGAUUUCCACAAUCUUGAUGCCGACAUCGAACGACAAUUCCAGGAGCUGAGUGCCUUUGACGACGCUAUUUUCAUCGACGGAUGAUUUUCCUCAGCGGGAGAAUCCUUUUUCUCACGAAGGCGAAACAGGGUAGAUGCUUCGGUGAAUGAACGGUAAGAAUACUUAUUCGAUUUGUCGAAAAAUCAUCAUCUCCAUAAAUUCAAGUCUUCAGUAUCAUUUAUGAUCAUUUAAUCAUUUUUAUUUUAUUUUUAAUAUUAAUAUUAAUUCAAAGAAUUGGAAAUGUCACAUCAUUAUAUGAAUAUUAUUAUUUUAAAGAACGUCAUAAUUUACAAUUUUAUUAAUUCGUAAUUUGCUGAUAUUGCUGAUAUACUCACUUUUGAAUAGAAUUAUUAUUUAUUUUACAUAUUAGAAAUAAGAGAUGAAUCAUUCACUCCCCGAUCAUUCACUGACGCAUUUGUCUUCUCGUCACGAUCUCAUUGUCGGCGAAUUGCAGUCUUUCCAAAGAUUAUUUUCUUUUUUUAUAAUCAUUUUUAUACAUAUUAGUCCGUUAUAUUUGACAAAUCGUAUAUAUUUUUGUACAUAGGUACUUAUAUAUGUAUAUUAUAAGAGAACAAUAUAUCAAUUUAUUUCAACCGAGUGAUUACUUGUCCCCGCACCUUCAACACGCGACUCGGUUCUAUCCUUUCUCCCUAAUUUUCCUUAAUUACUGCUGCAAACACUCGGUUUCUCUCCUGUCAAAUAUCGACAGACCAGUUUGGAGAAGCUGCUUAGCGCCUCGUUCUGAUUUUCCUUCGAAUAUACCUGUGUAUUGAUCAUCAAAUACAUUAUUAUUCCGUGUAAUUGUAACAGAGAAUUUAAUUCUUUAAUUUUUAUGUGUAACAUUUUUAAAUC